AUGUUUACUAAUUUACGAUAUUUAAAUUUCGGUCCAUCUUUAAGUGAAUGUCAACAAUUAUCAUUUGGUACUUCACCUCCAACUGUUUUCUCUUCAACUCUAUCAGAAUUACAUAUACUUGUGCCUCGUUUUAUUGAUUGUCUAUAUUUACUUGAUGGACGAUUCAAUCAACUUCAUACACUUUAUGUUUAUAUUACAUUCAUUAAUAUACCGUAUGAAACAAUCAAUAAUAAAAUAUAUUAUUUUGAAUAA